ACGGCAGCGCCCGUCAAUAACCCUGCUGCAGGGGUUGAUUGUGCUCUGGAUUUACGAGGUUAACCAUGGAGAGAAGGCCCAAGCCAUAGCUUUACUCGAAGAAUUUUACCACUUUCACAGUGCUUUAGGACUCAGCGACCUAGCCAUGCCGGCUAUGGACGAUACAUCCCCCAGUCAAGUCUCCCGCCCCAUGAGGGAGUGGCAGGUUUUGUCUUGCAUUGUCUGGGGAUUCUUCUGUUUCGAGGCGAAAAUCUCCUUGAUCUUCUCGCGUGCGAUGAGAAUUAGAAAGCCCGAGAUACCUAAGACCUUUGAGGAUGCCUAUUUAUCCGUAUUUGCCAACCCUGAUGCGCCGGAAUAUUUCUGGUCCCCUUACCCCUGCGAUCGUCAGCCGCGGAAAUCAUUGUAUCGAGAAGCAAUCUCACUCGAAUGCCAACUCGCCGUCAUAGUAGAGGAAGCUUCAAGGUUCUUUACGCCGGCGGAAGCUGGAACACCCGUUUCAAACUACAACGAGACGAGAGUCAUUAAAGAAAAGCUGCAAAGAUGGGGUACAGGUGCUCUACAGCGAUUUCUUGCGCAUAGUACCCUCCUCCCCUCGAUACUUUUCCUUGAGAUCACGUAUGAGAUGAUAUUUCUCAAGCUCCUGCGCCGCCCCUGCCAGUUUCCCCUCCAAGAUGAUGCGCAUGAAUCGACAGCGUCCACGCGAGCCUCAUACGGAGCCUCCAUCAUCUCUAAUCUCUGGGUGUAUCGAGCCGCCUACGGUAUGCGUCACGAAUACUGGCUUACGCAGGCGUGUUUGGAAGCUGCCAAAGCCAUCAUCUUCAAGCUUGAUGAUAAUUCAAGCCUGUCCAAGUCAGUGGUUAUGGCCUGCCAGUUGCUCUAUAGUAUAGGGGAAUUUCUACCUGUGGCAAACGAGUAUCUCUUGGCCAUUAAGGAGCUUGCUCGCCAACAAACUGUAAACUUGCCGAAAGCUUGCAGAAUAAUCUUUUCUGGCUUAGCUGUGAGAACGGGGCGAAUAAUUAUCAGAGGCCCUGUACUCGUGAACAUUGGGCUCGGCUAUGACGAUAUGAGUGCUGGGUCGUCGAGUGCUUCUUCACAGGAGGUUGUAUUCUCCGGUCUCAUUGAAGGCAUUCGUAACCUUGCUGGAAGGAGUUCUUAG